GAAGAAGGUAAAUUCCAAUCACGUGACUACUGUUGGACCAGGAAGCCAGUCGGUUGCAUCAAAACAAAUCAAGACGAGCUUCUAGAGGCGCCGAAAAACACAUUUUCCGCUGUCAGUUAGCGUCAUAUUCGUGUCGACAUGGAGGACACACUCUUCCAGCUAAAGUUCACAUCCAAGCAGCUUGAGAGACUCUCUAAGAAGGCUGAGAAGGAGUCAGAGAAGGAGCAGGCCAAAGUCAAGAAGGCUUUGCAGCAGAAAAACGUGGAAUGUGCUCGAGUCUACGCAGAGAACGCCAUCCGGAAAAAGAACGAAGGCCUGAACUGGCUGAGGAUGGCGUCACGAGUGGACGCCGUGGCCUCCAAAGUCCAGACCGCCGUCACCAUGAAGGCGGUGACCAAGAACAUGGGUCAGGUGACCAAAGCUCUGGACAAAGCUCUGAACUCCAUGGACCUCCAGAAGGUCUCUGCUGUCAUGGACAAGUUUGAAACCCAAGUCCAGAACCUGGACGUCCACACCUCGGUGAUGGAGGACUCGAUGAGCUCGGCGAUGACUCUGACCACCCCUCAGGAGCAGGUGGACGAUCUGAUCUACCAGAUAGCAGAAGAGAGCGGCCUGGAGGUGAUGGACCAGCUCAGCAAGCUGCCUGCUGGAGCCACGUCAGUGGUGGGAGGAGAGAGUUCACGGAGCCAGGAGAAGGAGGACGUGCUGUCCCGACGGUUGGCGGCUCUGAGGAACUAAAAUCUGUCGACGGCAGCGAGGAAGAGAACGAGUUUUAGCGUCGCCGGGAGGCUGAGCGUGUUUCUAUUGAACUGUUCCAAGCGGGAGGACUUAACGAGCCUAUUGAUUACCCCCCUCCCCCCUCCGAUCUAUAAAUACGUACGAACACACAGCCGACAGAAACACCACCUGAGAGGAGUCUCUAUGGUUCACCUUCCUGCUCCCAUCCGGCUUCCUCUGCGGUCCCUCAGCGGAUCUCCUUUUACCGUCAAAUCUGAAGCUUCAGGAUCAUAGAGAAAAAGAAAAAGCAAAUGAAGAGUUUUAAUCUAGUGAUUAUAAGGGUUUCGGUGCAGGUGGGGAUGUUUUUAUGUGUUUUUUUGUCCGUUUGAAUGGACGAAUCUGCUAAAAGGAAGGAGAAAAUGUAAAUUUAAUCGUUAGAAAUUGACACUAAAACUCCAGAUUCUCCUUCAUUUAUGGGAUUCGUCCUCACAAAGACAAUCCUUUUUGUUUCUCGGUGGCUGACGUUCGCUUCCUUUCUCCUCUCUCAUGCCUGUCUUCGUUUGUUUUUCGCUUCGAACGCCUUAUUUUGGGAUGCUUGCUGUAGGUGCUUCCUCCGCCAGUGCCUGAAGGACGCUAGUUUAGAGGAACCGUCUCUUCGUCUCCGGUGUCCGUCACAGGUGGACGUCUGUUAUCUCCCGUCUCCUUUUUGCGGUUUUGGGUGUUUGAUGUAACUGAGACCUGGUUUGGAUAUUUUGGGAAGCUCCUCCGUCUCCAUCCAGAGGAAAAGUCACUUCAGAUCAGACCAGCUGGUUCACCUUUUAAAGUUCACUUCCUGUUGAUGCAGUAGAUGGAGAGGAGCAGCGUCAGAGCCUAUUCUGAAACAAAAAAACAUAACCAGACCUCCUCAGACCCAUCUGGUUCUUCAUCUGCAGUAACUUUAUUAAUGAUUCAUCCUGCGGGCAUUUACAGAGUUCCUGGUGCUUGAAGUCCAUAGAAAAUGACAUUAAACUUUUCCAGAAUGAUUCAAAAAUGAUCCAAAACUACAGAAAACCAGUUCAGAAUGACACAAAAUUUGUCCUAAAUGACUUGAAAAUGAUCCCAAAGACACAAAAAGAUCCAAAACGACGAAAAAAGAUCCAAGUUGAUACAAAACAUGUUGAAGAUGACAAGAAAAUUGUCCAAAAUGAGUCAGAAUUCACACAAAAAUGAUCCAAAUUGACUGAAGAUUUGCAGAAUGACACAAAAUUAGUCCACAGUGGUUCAAAAAUGAUAGAAAAUGACUCAAAAUUUGUGCGAAAGAUUCGGAAAUGAUCCAAAAGUACAGGAAAUAUGUUGAAAAUGAACUGAAAGUUGUUUGAAAAUUAUCCAAAUUCUGAGGCAAUUGCCUAAAUUUAUGAAAAAAAUGGUUCUAAACAGAAACCAGAUUUAGUGUUUAGACUGAGACACCUGGAUGGAUUUAAACUGAUCUGGUGUCAGUUUUUACCAGAACUCAGAUGUGUUUCUCCUCCUAAAUGUCCUGGUUCUAUCUGCUGGACUGAUGAAGUUCUGAGGCUCAGAAAUGAUGGAAAAAGUCCAUUAAAAAGUGAUAAAUCUGGACCCUCCUCUAUGGAUGAAGGUAGAACUCUGAUCAUCGAUGAAGUUACUGCAGAUGAAGAACCAGAUGUUCUGAGGAGGUUCUGGUUGUUUGUUAGUUUUUAGUUUGAUCAGCUUGACGAGGUCGAUCCUCCACCUGUGACGGAGCAGCUUCACAUUUCCAGUUUCUCGUCUGUUUCCACACUGAGGGUUCAUUUCUACUCUGCAGCACUUUUGUUUUGUAUAUUUAUCUUGUGAGAAUAAAAUCAGUGCCCUCUGA